AGAGAGAGAGCUCCUGCUAAAUUACAUGUGGUUGUUGUAAAAAAUAGUGAUGAGAUCAUUCAAAGAGACGGGGGUAGCUAUAAAGGCAUAAAUGAGGCACCAUCCACCCUCAGAUUCAGAACAGGUGAAGCAGACGCAUCAUUCAGUGAAUUCAGACAUAAAAAAAAACAGCAAAGCACUACCGCUGAAGGGGAAAAUAUGUUGAGGUGUUGAGAAGCUGCAGCUGGAGAUAAAUUCUGGGUUUAAGCCACAGGUGGAGUUUUUUCCACCACAUCUUAGCGUCUUCCAUCUGGCCUGCUUGAAUUUGGACAACGACUGGACUUGAAUUGAUCCUCAAAAUCACAAUAUCUUUCAGAUAACCUGAAAACUUUUCCAUUUAAUUCAAAAUGUGUUCAGGAGGCUUUGCAAAAUGUCUUGGAAUCACCCUGAUACCUCUGUCGAUUGUCUGUGUGCUGUGCAACAUCCUGCUCUUCUUCCCGGGUGGAAAACCAGUUGAGCAAGAACAUAUCACACAGCAGGUCUGGUUCUUUGGAGGUAUUCUGGGAUCAGGAGUACUGAUGAUCUUCCCUGCACUGGUCUUCCUGGGUCUGAAGAACAAUGACUGCUGUGGCUGCUGUGGCAACAAAAGCUGUGGGGAGAGAUUUGCGAUGCUGAGCUCAAUACUGUUUGCAGCUGUUGGAGUUUUGGGGGCUGGUUACUCAGUUAUAGUUUCCUCUGUGUCCAUCAACCAAGGACCAUUGUGUUUGUUCAACAAUACCAUGAACAACACACUGGACUGGGGCUAUCCGUUUUCAGAUGGAGACUACCUUUCUGACAAAUCUCUCUGGGAUACAUGUCAAGAGCCACAAAACGUGGUGUCCUGGAAUCUGUCCCUGUUCUCUGUGCUCCUUGUGAUGGGUUUGAUCCAGACCGCACUGUGUGCCGUGCAGAUGGUGAAUGGCCUGCUGGGAGCUCUGUGCGGAGACUGCUGUGGCUGCUGUGGGAGCGAUGGAGCUGUGUGAGGGCCUCCGGUGAUUAAAGGUGUUUUUUUACUUCCCUGUAUUUAGUCUGUUUCCAAGACUUUGCUUCUGUCAUAUCUUCUUAUAUUUCUGGUUAUGAACUGAUUGAUCACAGUUGACUCGCUACCAAACACUAUCUGUAACUUAACGUUGGUAUUUCUUAAAUUUACCCUGAUGAGAGAAAUUAAUGUUGACUUUCCAGUUCUAAAUACUGUAUUUAUUCAUUUCCCACUUGCUAUAUGUAUCAUUGUUGGUUUUUUGUCUUUUUUUUCUAAUUUCAAUUAUCUGAUUUAUAGACCCUAUCAAGGAUACUAAUCUAACUUAAGUUAUUAUAAUUUUAUCAUACGUACUCAAGUUUGUGGUUGCUUCUCAGUUGGUGGCAUUAUUCUAAUCUUAAUCACCAAUCAGAUCUCACAUCAUUUUAAAUGAGAAAAAAAGGUGAAAAUGUUUUCGGUCUGAUUUUGUUUUAGGUUUCAAGCAUUUUUCAUAUAAUAUCGAGAAUAUUUAAAUCUAUUUAGGUUUUUGAAUUCAUUUGGGAUUCUAAAGCAUUAAUGUACUAAUAAAGUUUAUGUUUCUAAGAAGCCUUGCCCUUACAAAAACACUAGCUACAGCAUUUCAGAGAAAGAGACAUACUGGCCCUUGCUUUGUGCACUGAAAUCACAGGUACUGUAAAUAUAAGUUUUCUGAAAACUGGGUUUUAAAAGAAAAGGAAAAAACAUCCACUACUGGUGCUGUUAUUUCUGUCUUUUUAUGUUGGGGAAAAAAGUUGCAACAGAGAUAAAUGCAAUAUUUACCCGAGCAAUACAUGUGCACACUCAUGUACACUCAAACAAAGGUUAAAUAAAAUGGCUUGUUUGAGAUCAACCAAGACCAAUGUAUAAAAAGAGCUUUCUUCCUUAUGACAUUUCACUACUGGUUGCAAAUUAAUAAAAUGAUAAUAA